AUGGCCAACGCCCCAGCUCCCGCGGUCGACCCAGCCAGCGCUGACCUCAGAUUCCCCCUCUUGCCAUCGAGCACAGUCGCCAACCCCAUCAAGCCGGCCGAUCCUCCCGCCGUCUCUGCCCAUGCGCCGCCGCCCGCGCCGCCCAGCGAUGCGCCGCCCAAGGACCCCCAGGAGAGCCUGGGCCUCAAGCCCUCGGAGCCGGCCCAGCCGGCCGCCGCCAAGACCGACGCCGAGCCCACCAAGCUCUCUGAGCCCGCGGCCGUGAGCGCGCCUGUCGCCGCUCCCGUCGGCGCUACCAACGGCACUGCUGCGCCUGCGGCCCCGGCCGCCGAGGACAAGAAGGACGAGGCGGCGCCCUUGAUGGCCGGGGCGCUGCAGAGCGCCGACAAGCCCGCCGAGUCUGUCCCCGAGCCCGGCGCCGACGCCGCGGCGCCUGCGCCUGCGCCCGCGCCUGCAUCCUCCCAGGCCCCGCCGGCCAAGGUCGAGGAUGCCAAGGACGAGCAGGCGCCGGCCAAGCCUGCCGCCGUCGAGCAGCCCUCUGCACCCGCCGCCGAGAAGCCCGCCGAGCCCCCCGUCGAGAAGAAGCAGCCCGUCGAGACUGCUGCUGCUGCUGCUCCUGCCCCGGCCUUUGCCGAGCCGGCCAAGAUGGACGGGCCCGGCAACGCGCCCGAGGAGCCCGCCGAGCGGAUCAAGCCCACCGAGUCCGUCCCCGCCCCCGUGCCCAGCGCCCUCAACGGCGUCACUGCGGCGGCGACGGCCCCCAGCGCCAGCGCCGGGCCCACGGCCGGCGACAAGAUGGACCUCGACAGCCCGGCCGUAAGCGUCGCCGCGCCCGUCGCCGGCAACAAGCGCAAGUUCGAGGAGGACGCCGACGACGACGGCGGCGUCAACGGCAACGGCAACGGCAACGGCCCUUCCCUCGAGACGAGCGCGUCGGCCGUCGAGGGCUCCGUGGCCAAGAAGAUCAAGCCCGACAGCGCUGCUACCGACACCACCCUCGAGACCUCGACGGCGGCGCCCAAGGCCAACGGGAACGGCGCCGGGGUCAAGAAGAGCAACGGCCGGUCAAAGAGGGAGAAGGCGCCCGCGCCCGUGGGCCGCACCGCGAGGAAAACGCGAAGCCAGGGCCCGGUCGAUGCUUGA